UUAGUGGAGAUGCCUUGCAGCUCGCCACUUGCCAGUCGCGCCUCUCUCCGUGCGCGGCCGGUGGAAUGGCGCUUCUACGGACUCUCUCUCAUCAACCUGUUACCAGCAAAAACAUGUCCGAAAGGCCAAAAGCAGCUGACCUGAGAUCGAAAAAAGCUGAGCAUCACACGCACGGCCCCCAGGAGCUAUCUCGGAUUGUUACCGAUUUCAAGACGGGGAGAUGUUACUGCAGAGGGAAACUACUCGGAAAGGGAGGUUUCGCCAAAUGCUAUGAAUUUUCGGACUUGGUCACUGGCAAAGUGUACGCUGCUAAAAUCAUUCCACACACUCGCGUCUCUAAGCCGCACCAAAGGGCGAAGAUCGACAAAGAAAUUGAGUUGCAUAGAGCACUUCACCACAAACACAUCGUGCAUUUUUACCAUCAUUUUGAGGACAAAGAUCAUAUCUAUAUUCUUCUGGAAUACUGCAGCCGACGGUCUCUGGCUCACAUACUGAAAGCACGCAAGGUACUAACAGAGCCGGAGGUCAGGUACUACCUCAGGCAGAUAGUGGCUGGACUGAAGUACCUGCAUGAGCAGGAGAUUUUACACCGAGACCUGAAACUGGGAAACUUCUUCAUCACAGAGCUGAUGGAGCUGAAACUAGGGGACUUUGGACUGGCUGCCAAGCUGGAACCGGUGGAGAGCCGCAGGAGAACCAUCUGUGGAACCCCCAACUACUUGCCCCCCGAGGUUCUCAACAAACAGGGCCAUGGCCGCGAGUCUGACGUCUGGGCCCUCGGAUGCGUUAUGUAUACCAUGUUGCUGGGCAGACCCCCAUUUGAGACCACCAACCUGAAGGAGACAUACCGCUGCAUCCGUGAGGCCCGCUACACCCUUCCCAGCACCCUGUCCACCCCUGCCCAGGAUCUCAUCAGCGGCAUGCUGGCCAGGAACCCCCAACAGCGACCCCUGCUGGACAGCAUCCUCAGCCAUGACUUCUUCACACAGGGAUUUACACCAGCGAGAUUGUCCAUCAGUUGCUGUGUGUCAUCUCCAAACUUCCAGCGCAGUCCACGCCAAAGCUUCUUCAGGAAGGCUGCAGCAGCUAUCUUUGGAGGAAAAAGAGACAAGGAAAAAUACUACCACACACUCAAGCUCAGUAAAGAGGAGGAUAUCCACAGGCUACAGAACGACCUGAAGAGGAUCACUAUCGGCACUCCUCCAGUCACGGACACAGCUACUGGAGUGAGACACUCAGCCCCCCCUCGCCCCCCUCCUACUCCACCCCCUCCUCAUGAGGUGAGAGACUCCAUCCACAUGAUCGUUAGAGGAGCUCUGGGGACCAGCUGCAACAGCAGUGAGGGUGUGGAGGAUGGCACCAUGGCCAGUGUGGUUGAUGGUGUGGCCCGAGUCCUACGGGAUUGUCUGGAGAACAUGCCGGAAGCCGAGUCCAUCCCGAAGAAAAAAGUGGGCAGCACUUUCCUUUGGGUCACGAAGUGGGUGGAUUACUCCAACAAGUAUGGCUUUGGCUACCAGCUGUCUGACCACACUGUUGGUGUGCUCUUCAACAAUGGCACUCACAUGAGCCUUCUUCCAGACAGGAAAACGGUGCACUACUCUGCAGAGCUGGGCAACUGUUGUGUGCUUUCCAGCAAGGAGGCCAAGGAGCCCUUUCUGGGCCAGGUCACCAUCCUGGAAUACUUUGCUCACUACAUGGAGGAGAACCUCAUGGAUGGUGGAAAUCUGUCAAAGGUCACAGAUGUCAGUAAGCCCUGCCUCUAUCUGCUUCAGUGGCUCAAGUCCGAUCGGGCCCUUAUGAUGCUGUUCAACAAUGGCACCUUUCAGGUGAACUUCUACCACGACCACACCAAGAUCAUUCUGUGCUGCGAAGCCCAGGAGUACUUGCUGAGCUACAUCAACGAGGAGCGCGUAUCCACCACCGUGCGCCUCAGCGCGUUAAUCAACAACGGCUGCUCCGCUCACCUGCGAGAACGCAUGCACUACGCCUACAACAUGUUGAUGCAGCUGUGCACCUGAACACCACACCUGCAACACGCCGACACAUCACAGCCACUGGAUAGAUACAUUGUCUAAAACUGACUGAUGCAUCAAGGCAAUUGGAAACUCCAUCUGCGACAUGUGGCUGCAGAUAUAUAGCUGCACAUGAGGACUUAACGUGUGUGAUGUGCCCAAGUCCCACUGGUGGGAGCCAUGUGAAAAGCGAGAGGAGGUGAAAACAGCUACACAUGAAAACACGGGGCUGGACCCAGACGAUGUACAUACAUGCUGAUCUUUGAUUGAGACAGACUCAUGCCAAGGCAGUUGAGUUGGCUCAGUACGGACUCUAGGACUAGGUGGGCUACAGCAAGAGCAGGCUGCUGCCUUCUGGCCCGGUGUAAAGCAGAAACCAGUGUAACUGUGAACUAUUCUAUGCUAGAACUAGAAAGGUUUGGGUGUGCUGGGUCAGAGAUUGAGGGACAUGUGUUUACAUGUGCAGCUGACAGACAGGUCCAUGGCCCAUCCACAAUAAGCACCAUGGAUGCUUGAGGAGCUUGGUUGUCUUGGUAACUGUCCGUGAUUGUUGUAAUGAGCACUGUGUAUUUAUUUGUUAAAUAAAGCCAUUGAGUAGUUUCUAAUAUG